AUGGUUUUUUAUACUAUUGAAUUUCUAAAACAUUAUGAAGAGCAUCCUUGUUUGUGGGAUAAAUGUUUACCUGAUUUUAAGAAUCGGCAAAAAAGAAAUGUGGCUGAGGAAAAAUUAUUACCCAUCUCAGAACUUUCUAACAUAAAAGAAUUAAGAUCAAAAAUCAGAAGUAUAAGAGGAACAUACAACCAAGAAUUGGGCAAAAUUAAAAAUUCAAUGCGAACUGGGUCUGGUGCAGCAGACAUUUACAAACCAAAAUUAAAUUGGUUUUCCUAUGCUGAUAGUUUCUUGAGGAAAAAUGUAGAACAAGAGAUUGAAACUGAAUCAAAUGUGGUGAGUUACAAAUUUAUUGUUACUUUUAUAAAUAUUAUCAUAAUUGCAUGCAUAUAA